UCUUAUUUUAGGCUUGUUAACAAUUUGCUCAUGACUGGACCAAAGGCUUACUUGAGCUACACGAGUAGUGUUCUCGCAGGAGCCCAAAACGGAAUGCAGGAGUGCAAGCACCAGUUUACGUGGGACAGGUGGAACUGCCCGGAGAGCACGUUUCACCUCUCAACUCACAGACGACUCCGAAGUGCGACGAGAGAAACUUCGUUUGUGCACGCGAUAAGCGCAGCUGGUGUCAUGUAUACUUUAACCAGAAACUGCAGCCUUGGGGAUCUGGACAACUGCGGAUGCGACAACUCAAGAAAUGGAAAAAAUGGAGGUCGUGGCUGGCAAUGGGGAGGAUGUAGUGAUAACGUGGAUUUUGGAGAGAGGAUCUCCAAGCAAUAUGUGGACGCAUUCGAGACUGGACAGGACGCCCGUGCUGCUGUCAAUCUCCAUAACAACGCUGCAGGCCGUCUGGCUGUAAAAGCGACUAUGAAAAGGAUCUGUCGCUGCCAUGGGAUGUCGGAGAGCUGCGCGAUGCAGACGUGCUGGAUGCAGCUGGCUGAGUUCCGUGAGGUGGGCAAUUACCUGAAAGUAAAGCACGACCAGGCGCACAAACUCGAGGUGGACAAACGGCGCAUGCGCGCGGGGAACAGCGCGGAUAACCGCGGCGGCGCUAUCACGGACGCGUUCAGCAGCAUCGCGCGCUCCGAACUGAUCUAUUUGGAGGAUUCCCCCGAUUACUGCGCGAAAAACCUAAGCCUCGGACUACACGGCACUGAAGGCAGGGAGUGCUUACAGAAUGGCAAGAACCUGUCGCAGUGGGAAAAGCACAGCUGCAGAAGGCUGUGCCACGAAUGCGGUCUGCGUGUCGAAGAGAUCCGCACAGAAAUAGUGAGCAGCUGUAACUGCAAGUUCCACUGGUGCUGCACGGUGAAGUGCGAAAACUGCUCACAGGUUAUAGUAAAGUACGUUUGUGCACGGAGACAAAGUGGCCAGGGACACCACAGGCGCAGAUUCCGAGGACCAAAAUGACUGCGACAAUUGCUUGGGGACUCUAUUUAAACAGAUUUCCCUGCACUUUUCUCUACUAUUAUAUUUUUGUAAUAUCUUUUACCUUUGU